AUGCUACAAUGUGAGAAGGCAGAAGGACAGGAUGGUUUGAAUCCAGCCCUCUUCAAAGAAGGCGGAAAAUCCCUGGUGAUCCAGGAUGCUAUAUGGGACGAAGAGAAUGUGCCGGAAGAAUGCGGCAUGUCGACGGUUAUUCCUAUCUUCAAAAAGGUUGUCAGGAGCCUCUCCAGAAGACAACUCACGGCAGUGGAAGAAAACGUGCUUAUUAAAGGGCUUAAUUUCAAUUUCAAGGAUGCUAGUGAUUUAGAAUAUAUGGCCACUCUCGAAGCGGCCUUCAAAUCCAGCGACCUCAAUGAAGAAACCCAACAAGCGAUACGUCAAACCAUUGUACCAGCUAUCACGCGAAACAAAACACACAACGCUUUACUCACUAAAGAAAAAAGAGCAGUAAACAGCCUCAAAGCGGAUGGAACCAUCGUCAUUUUGCCAGGUGACAAAGGAAUAAGAACACAGAUGGGUUGA